AUGUCUAAUAAUAUUAAAGUUGUUUGUCGUUUUCGACCUCAAAACUCGCUAGAAAUAAGAGAAGGUGGUGUUCCUGUGAUUGAUAUUGAUGAAGACGGCACACAGGUUGAAUUAAAGGGCAAAGAGUUUCAAGGUUCUUUUGCUUUUGAUAAAGUGUUUGGCAUGAAUACAGCACAAAAAGAUGUCUUUGAUUAUUCAAUCAAGACCAUUGUGGAUGAUGUCACUGCUGGUUAUAACGGAACUGUAUUCGCAUAUGGUCAAACCGGUUCGGGAAAAACAUUUACGAUGAUGGGUGCGGACAUUGACGACGAAAACACGCGGGGUAUCAUACCUCGUAUUGUAGGUCAGAUCUUUGAUUCUAUCAUGGCUGCACCAAGUAACUUGGAAUUCACUGUCAAAGUAUCUUAUAUGGAAAUUUACAUGGAAAAAGUAAGAGACUUGCUUAAUCCCACACAAGAUAAUUUGCCUAUACAUGAAGACAAGACACAUGGUGUGUACGUGAAAGGCUUGUUAGAAGUCUAUGUUGGGUCAACAGAAGAUGUGUAUGAAGUCAUGCGAAACGGAAGUGGAAAUCGAGUUGUUUCGGCCACAAAUAUGAAUGCUGAGAGUUCACGAAGUCAUUCUAUUGUUGUCAUCACUAUCACACAAAAGAAUAUUGACACUGGUGCGGCCAAAAGUGGAAAGUUAUAUCUUGUCGAUCUGGCUGGUUCUGAAAAAGUGGGCAAGACAGGUGCCUCUGGUCAAACAUUGGAAGAAGCCAAAAAGAUCAAUAAGUCCCUCACCGCUCUUGGUAUGGUCAUUAAUGCUUUGACGGAUGGCAAGUCAAGUCAUGUCCCUUACCGGGAUUCCAAGUUGACUCGUAUUCUGCAAGAAUCCUUGGGUGGUAAUUCUCGAACAACCUUGAUUAUCAAUUGUUCUCCGUCGUCGUACAAUGAGGCUGAGACACUCUCUACUUUACGUUUUGGUAUGCGUGCUAAAACAAUCAGGAAUAAGGCCAAAGUCAAUGCUGAUCUAUCUCCUGCUGAACUCAAGGCUUUACUCAAGAAGGUCAAGACAGAGACUGUGACAUUUAAGGCUUAUAUUACUGCUUUGGAAGGUGAAGUUGAGCUUUGGCGUUCAGGUCAAGUUGUGCCUGAAGAAAGAUGGGUUACAAUGGAAAAGGUGUCACGUGGUGAAUGUGUUCCUCCUUCAGGUUUCAAAAGUCCUUUAUUGCCAGAUGAAUCUCGUCCUGCUACACCUGCUAUUGUGCUUGAAAAAGACGAACGAGAUGAAUUUUUGAAGCGAGAAAAUGAAUUGAUGGAUCAAAUCACGGAAAAAGAAACUGAACUUAAUCACCGUGAAAAACUGCUGGAUUCAUUGAAAGAAGAAAUCAACUAUUAUAAAGAACAAGAGCAAAUGGUGACACAAGAAAAUCAUGUUAUGACAUCUGAAUUAAGCGGACUUCGCCUGCAACUUCAGAAAAUAUCUUAUGAAAGUAAAGAAAAUGCCAUCACAGUCGACUCGCUCAAAGAAGCCAAUCAAGAACUCAUGGCUGAACUGGAAGAACUCAAGAAGGGUCUGAUUGAAAUGCGGCAACAGGCACAAAAGGAAUCUGGGUCAAGUCAAAAAGAGAAAAAGAAAGCAGAAAAAAUGGCUCAAAUUAUGUCUGGAUUUGAUGUGCCUCAUGAAAUUACUGAAAAAGAACGUUUGAUUCGUGAUGCGCUCCUGAAACUCGAGUUGGAUGGCUAUGGUAUGACACUAGAAGAACUGGUUGGCCUGAAACGUGAUUUGACAGAAUCCCGUAGUUUGUUAGAGCAACAUAGUCAUACGAUUGAUGAUUUGACAGAAGCCAAAACGGCCAUUGAAAAGAAGAAACAAGAGUUAGAAAACCGCUGUGCCUUAUUAGAACAAGAAUAUGAAGAGUUGUUAGACAAGACAAUUGCAGAAGAAGAAGCACAAGUACAAAAGAAUGAAGAUAUUGCAGAGACCAUCUCUACUCUUAAGCAAAAAUUGGAAUUCCAAUACAACACCAAGAGGGAAACACAACAAAGAGAGAUUGAAGAAUUAAAAGCGGAAUUGGAAAAGAAGAGUAAUGAGCAUGUCAAAUUAAGCACAGCCAUGAAUGACCUCAAGGCUGCUAAUGAUCAACUUCAAACUGCUUUAUCUGAACAAGCUACCAAAGAACCUGUCGAUAUCUCUGAGAAAGAAAAAGAUCUUGAACGUAUGCGCAAGACAAUGGCACAACAAUUGGCUGAUUUUGAAAUGAUGAAGAAGGCUUUGAUGCGUGAUCUUCAAAGCCGCUGUGAAAAAGUCGUUGAAUUAGAAAUGUCUUUGGAUGAAACACGCGAGCAAUACAACAAUGUCCUUAAGGCCAGCAACAAUAAAGCCCAGCAAAAGAAAAUGGCCUUUCUUGAACGUAACCUUGAACAACUUACCAAUGUACAAAAGCAGGUAAGGUGUUGA